GCUUGGCGGGGCGCGGGGGCUGCGGCACUCGGCGCUGCGCGGGCCCCGCCUCUCCCGGCGUGCGUGAGGGUCGGCGAGCCAGGCUCGGCUCCCCCGCAGCCCGCCGUGGGCCGUUACCGGUGGGGCGGUUGCCCGUUGCUCCUCCGCAGAGUUUGGCAGCCGGCGGGUCGAGCGGCAUCUCCUCCACCGAGCAGCUCCCGCCCCGGGGAAGGGCGGGGGAGGCGGCAGCGGCCCGGGAGAGCUAGCCCCCCGGCGGGCUCCGCCGCCCCUCGCCGCAGGGCAGCCCGGCUGGCGCUGACCGGGGCUCGGAGCGCAGCAUCCCCUGUCUCUGUCGGGCCUUGAACAGCACGCGUCACUCUGCGCGUCUCUUAAGCCAAAGCUGCGGUCUGUACCAAGCGGUCGUAAAAGUACGCGUGACUGCUGAUUCUUCAGGCAGCUCACCUCAAAGUAUAACUUGAAGAAGCUUGCGAAUAGCAGAAGAAAAUGUCCCAUAAAAGCUCUAAGGAAAUCAGGAAAGUAAACGUUUCUAGCUCCUUGGAGUCCGAAGAUAUUAGCUUAGAAACCACAAUACCAACCGAUGAUGUUUCUUCCUCUGAGGAGAGAGAAGGUACUGUUAAAAUCACGAAGCAGUUGAUUGAACGGAAAGAGUUGCUCCAUAAUCUUCAGCUGCUUAAAAUAGAAUUAUCUCAAAAAAACUUGAUGAUUGACAACUUGAAAGUAGAAUAUUUGACCAAGAUUGAAGAGCUAGAAGAGAAGCUUAAUGAUGCAAUCCAUCAAAAGCAGCUGUUGUCUUUACGACUGGAUACUCAGCUGGCAUUACAGCAAGAAGAUGCUAGAAAACACCAGGCUCUAAUGAAACAAGAAAUGGAAACUAUUUUAUUGAGACAGAAGCAACUGGAGGAAACAAAUCAUCAGUUAAGGGAGAGGGCUGGAGAUAUCCGUCGUAGCUUGCGAGACUUGGAAUUAACAGACGAUUGCUAUGAGAAGCUAAAGUCUCUCCCUGAAGAUCAGCUUUCUAUCCCUGAAUAUGUUUCUAUCCGAUUCUAUGAAGUAGUCCAUUCCUUAAGAAAAGAGCUAAGUGAUCUACAGAUGAAAAAGGAAAGCCUAACAGAAGAACUAAGUGGGUACAAAUCCCAGCUGAAGUGUCUGACAGAGAGCUAUGAAGACGAGAGCAGGAAUCGGUCAGAGCUUGAGGUUAGAUGCCAGCGUUUAGCACUGGAACUGGCUGAUACCAAGCAGAUGAUUCAGCGAGGUGAUUACAGACAAGAGAACUAUGAUAAAGUAAAAUGUGAACGUGAUGUAUUUGAACAUGAAUUGUCAGAACUCAGAAGAAAAUAUGAAAUAUUAGAGGUGUCAAACAAAGCACAAGCUAAAGAAAGAAAUGACUUAUCAAAAGAGCUGGCAACCAUACAACAAUCUCUCAGUUUGUUGCAAAAAGAUAAAGAUUAUCUUAAUCGCCAGAACAUGGAGCUUAGUGUUCGCUGUGCACAUGAAGAAGAUCGUCUUGAAAGACUUCAGAUUCAGCUAGAGGAUGCCAAAAAAGCUAGGGAAGAAAUGUAUGAAAAAUAUGUUACGUCCAGAGACCACUAUAAAACAGAAUAUGAAAAGAGACUGCAUGAAGAGUUGGAACAAAUAAGGUUGAAAACAAAUCAAGAAAUUGAGCAACUACGAAGCACUUCAAAAGAGAUGUAUGAACGUGAAAACAGAAAUUUGAGAGAAGCGAGAGAUAAUGCUGUCGCUGAAAAAGAAAGAGCAGUUACUGCUGAAAAGGAUGCUUUAAGAAAAUAUGAUCAACUCUUAGAACAGUAUAGACAAAUGCAGCUUGGCACAGAAAGCAAAGUAGCUGAACUUCUUCACCAAACUAAGUUAAAGUCCUUUGAAAGUGAACAUGUUCAACUCAUGCAACAAGAAACAGCCAAAAAUCUUUCACAAUGCCAAAUGGAAUGUGAGAAAUAUCAGAGAAAGCUGGAGGUGCUUACUAAGGAAUUUUAUAGUCUUCAGUCUUCUAGUGAAACACGCAUUAUUGAACUUCAAACACAGAACUCUGAGUUUCAAGCAAGGCUAGAUACUUACGAAAAACUUGAAAAAGAGCUUGAUGAGAUAAUAUUACAGACAGCAGAAGUGGAAAAUGAAGUUGAAGCUGAAAGGGUUCUCUUCUCUUAUGGUUAUGGUGCUAAUGUUCCUACAACAGCCAAAAGACGACUGAAGCAAAGUGUUCACUUGGCAAGGAGGUUACUGCAGCUAGAAAAGCAAAACUCAUUGCUUGUAAAAGAUCUGGAACAUCAGAAGGAACAAGUAACACAGAUUUCACAAGAGCUUGACAGAGCAAAUUCUUUGUUGAAUCAAGUACAACAGCCAUACAAAUAUCUCAUUGAAACUGUGCAACAGAGAGAUUCUCAAAUAAGUCUACAGAAAGAACAUAUCGCACAACUUGAAAAAGAUGUCAGUCUUUUAAAUAAAGAAAAGACAGCUUUGCUGCGUGUCAAGAAUCAAAUGGCAGCAGAUUUGGAGAGACUUCUAAAUCACCGUGAGGAACUAGCCGCAAUGAAACAGAUUCUAAUUAAUCUGCAUGGUAAACGCUAUGAACAAAAUUUACCUCAGUCUCAUAUUGAUGUAAAAAGUGCAACUGCCGACAAAUCAAACCCUUCAGUAAAACUACUGCCAGAACAUGAAGAAGAAAAUGUGUUUACACCUAAGCCAACGUUAUUUACAAAUAAAGAGGCACCUGUAUGGUACAAGAAGCUGCAGAAGAAAACAUCAUCAUAGCAUUUUUCCAAAACUAUUUAAAGUAAUCCUUUGGGGAGCUUUUCUUUGAAGAGAGUUAUUUUCACCAUAAUGAUGCCCUUUUUACCAUAAAAGCAAACAACUGUUUUGGUUUUAACUGUUCUUUUAUACCUGUCAAAUGAUCUUAUGGUUCAUAAAAUUAUUUUUAGAUCUGUCAUGUGAAUAAAAUGUGUGGAAAUAAUGCAUGCAAUGAUUUUACUAACAUAUAUUUGAAUUUUAAAAGAUAAAUAAACACUAGCAUAUUGUACACAUUCAUAAUCUGGGCAGUUAAAGGAUGUGUUAUUCAGAGUGUUCAAAUUAAUGCAUGUUUCAGCUUUUUAAUAUUGUUUUUCUUGGACCCUGUGUUUCAUGCCACAUUCCUUGCAACUAUUCCAGCUCAUAGAAAUUUAAAAAAUAUACAUGAGUUAGCAUCAGACUAUAUCCUACUUUCUAUGAAGGAAAUUCAUGUCGGGUGGAAAAAAAAUUAAUUUCUUGUCGGCCUUGAUUUGUAUAGUUUGUCAUUUGAUGUCAUUUGUUCUACCAAACAGGCAUUAAAAAUAUUCUAAAGAAGCAAUAAAAUAUAUAUUAAUUAUCA